AGGCUUCUGGGCCACUCACCUCGGACGUGUGAGCCGGGAGCCCAGCGACUUUCCCACACUUUGGCCCCAUUCACAGUGUUAAGCGGCCCACAAAGGCCAGGCGUGUGCCUCGGAGGCCGCACUGCCAUCUGGCCCACACGCGGGGAGGGAGCCAGCAAGCCUUUCAUCCGGCCAGGCUGAGAUUUAACACCAUUCAUUUCAUAUUUCCCACAACUCAAAAUUGGAUCAAAGCUACUCCUGUCAGGGGGAGGGGGUGGAGGGAGGGAGGAGGCAGCUCCCCCACAGACCACCCGCUACCCUCACCUCCACCCCGGCCCACUGCAGGUGGGCAUACAGUCGGGGUGGUGGGGGCUGGACCACUUCUGCUGGCACGUGUCUCCUCUGGGCCAAAAGCUGGCUUGAGGGAGGCAGCCAGGGCAGGGCACACCCCCCCAGACAACUGCCCCUCCGAAGCCAGGAGGCAGGGGACGGGUCCCAGCUUGGGUGCUGCUCUCAGUUCUGGGCAGGACUCUGGGGCGCCACUGCCAGCAGCUGGACAGUCAGGCAUACGUGGGCUCAGGUGGGGGCUGCAGCCAGGACCCACCGCUUACUCCUGCGUUCCCUUUUCCUGGCCAAGCUCCUCCUUGGCACAGGGUACUGGGCUGGCAGGGUGUGGGAAUGGGGACAUGGGAGACUCAGCCACUCUGCUCUCCAUCCACAGCCUGGCCCCCAGGGUGUCCAUAAGCAGGCCAGCCGCCCAGCACAAGCCCUACUUUGGCUGAGCGUCACCAGGUCCCCCUUGAAGCCUGUGGGAGCUGCCAGAUGGGCUGUGGAGCAAAGUACAGAGCACAUGUCCUCCACACACCCACCCUCAUUUUGCCCAGGUACCCUCUGCCCUUUGGCAUCAACCAGAUAUGGCCAGAUAUUUGUGGCAGGGGUCCCCCUGCUUAAAGAGGAGCCCAGGCCCAAGGCGGGAACCUCAGGGUCACCUGCCUCCUACAGCUAACCUGGGCCUGUGUCCCCUUAAGGAGAGGUGCUUCACGGGGGAGAAGCAGGUGCCAAAGGGUGAAGUUGGGCUGCCUUCUAUCUCGAUCCAAAGUCACCUGACAUUUCCACCCCCAGAGCCCCUCACCUAAUCCAUCCGAGGGGUGACCAGGGGCUCUCAGGGCUGUCUUGGGCUGACUCCAAGCCAAGCUUGCCCACUAUCUUCCUGCUUCCUGGAUAGGCCCCUCUCUGAGUCACCAAAGGCUUCCUGUGCUAUGGACUUCUUGAGCAGGUCCACCAAGCAGGCCACUCCAAGCUGCGAGUCCCUGCCAAGACCUUUGUUAGGGCCCUGCGAUUCCCAGCCGCACUCAGAGGUGGCUGCUGUCCAGGGAACUGUGCUCCUGGACUUGAACUCCAGCUAAUGCGCCCUGAUGCCAACUGCUGGCUCCCAGGGCUGAAGCCCUGCUCCCCCUUGGACCUUCCUGAAUCCUGCCCUGCCCUUAGAAGGCAGCCCCAGCCCCACUCCCUCGCUCAGUCCCUACAGAAUGGGAUUCCUGGCUGCAGAGAAUCAGAGGACAGUGACUGUUCUGGGUGGAGGGGUGCUCCAAGCAGCCACUCCCCUAGGGACCCAGGGUGGGGCUGGCCCCCAAGUCAUCACUGGCCCUCAGCUGGGCUGACCAGAAUCAGCGGUUCCGCUAGUGGGGCUGAGCUGGUACAGCAUUCGUGUGCGCUCCAGGCAGGGGCCUCAUGUCUGCCUCCUGGCACCCCUUCCCCACCACUGGGAGAAUGCUUAAGGACAGCAGACCUUACAGGUGCCCAUAGGGCUGAAAUAGGACAGCAUGUGGCUGAGGCUUUCCCCCCUGUCCCAUGGGAGCAGUGACCACACACCUGUAAGGAGCAUGCCUGGAGCCACUGUGACGGCCAGCCAGAUGGGGGUGGGGUGGGGCCAUGGCGGCCACCUGUUGGUUCAGAGCACCCCAGAUGCUACAGCCUGAUAAGCUUUAGCUUCCCAGAGGAGGGGGCGCAGAAGCUCUUGGAAGGCAUCUCAGGGACUCUGGCUCCCUGAAGCUACCCAAAGCCCAGCCUAGGAGGCGCAGCAGCCCAUUUUCCAGCUCUUGAGUCAUAUGUCCCAGGUGACAACCUGGGGACUUGCCACAUACGCCAGUAGGUCUGAUAAUGAGAGCCCCUCUUCCACCUGAGCAGAGGGAGGUGGCUGUGUCUGCUUCCUCCGUUCCCCCUCCCCUGAGGGCAGCAAGUCCCUGCUUGGGAGGGUGUCCAGCCCUCUGGAAGCUGCCGCACUUGUACAUUCUAGAGCUCUCUCCCUAUCCACGCUCCUGUCCUCUGCAAGCCAGCAGCGGAGUCGCUGGGGAGGGGGCAGUAGGGAGAGAAGGAGGCUGUGGAGGCGAGGGGCGGGGAGGGCGCCGCUCCUUCCUGCCCCCCGCCCUCGUCCCUGCGGCCUGGGAAAAGGCAGCAUAUUGAGGCGCGGGGCUCCCAGCAUCAGGCCCCGGGAUGCUAAUGAGGGCGAGCGCGUUCCCACAGCCCGGACAUUGUGCCGCGCGGCCCACCUGCUCCUCGGGGAGCGCCCAUUGUGCCCGCGCCAAUUCACAGGCAAUUUAGCGUGCGCUAAUGGGCCGGCGCCUUUGUGCGGCCCGCGCCGUCAUUGGCCGCGGAGUGUGGGAACGGCCGCGGCACCCGGGCCCCAGGCGCCAGCCCGCCGCCCGUGCCUAUAUAGGGGCCGGGGUCCGCGCCAGCCCGGGACGCGCCAGCUCCGCUCCCUGCCGCCUUGCCGCCUCGCCUCUCCCAGCGCCAGGCAUGGCUCCCAGCACCGUGGCCGUGGAGCUGCUCAGCCCCAAAGAGAAAAACCGACUGCGGAAACCGGUGGUGGAGAAGAUGCGCCGCGACCGCAUCAACAGCAGCAUCGAGCAGUUGAAGCUGCUGCUGGAGCAGGAGUUCGCGCGCCACCAGCCCAACUCCAAGCUGGAGAAGGCCGACAUCCUGGAGAUGGCCGUCAGUUACCUGAAACACAGCAAAGCCUUCGCCGCCGCCGCCGCCGGCCCCAAGAGCUUGCACCAGGACUACAGCGAAGGCUACUCGUGGUGCCUGCAGGAGGCCGUGCAGUUCCUGACGCUGCACGCGGCCAGCGACACGCAGAUGAAGCUGCUGUACCAUUUCCAGCGACCCCCGGCCGCAACCGCCGCGCCCGCCAAGGAGCCCAAGGCGCCCAGCCCUGCGCCCGCGCCUGCCCCGGCCAAGGCCGCCGCUGUUGCCGUUGCGCGACAGCCCGCCUGUGGCCUCUGGCGGCCUUGGUGACCGGCGAGACCCGCAGGCGGCCGCCCAGCCCCCAGGACAAGAGUGCCGGGGCGUUCCUCUGGCGGGGGAAGAGCCUUCCCAUCGGCUGUGCGGCCUCAGGCUUGGAUGCACCUUCUCCGGAAGGCUCUCUCUCUCUCCAGGCUGGCCGGCCAGCAGGAGAGUCAUUCUCAGAGAAUGUGUGCAGAGUCCUUGUCAUUUAGGACAAUCGGGCCCGUCUUCUGCCAAAUGUCUGACCCUAUGGGGUUAUUCUAUGUUUGCAUUUCAGCAAGUGACUUCUGGGAAGUCCCCACUGCCGGGGGUUCUAUGAUAUUUGUAGAUGGCGGGGCUCGGCCAGCCGGCGCCCAAGCUGUGCGUAGAGGGCUUUCUCAGAUCCGGUGCUGCCGGGCCGCAUUUGCCUUUUGUGAAGGCGGAACUCAAGGUGUAUCCUCAUAGGAAGGAGAGCGUCAGCCAGGAUGGGUGUGGGGCUGGGCAGAGCCAGGCCAAAAGGCCCUACAUCUGCUUGGUUGUCUGGUCGGGGCUCACAGUGGGCUGCGUGGGGCGGGUGGGGGUCUCCGCCAUGAUCCUUAAAGGAUUUCCAUGUGGGUGGGUGCACGUGGGCAUGACUUUGUACUCAGAAUUUGAACUCUUGGUCAUGUGGGAAUCACAGGACUGCUCUGAAAACUGAUAAUAAAAUCUGACUGUUCAGCCCCCUCGC